UGCGAAUUGAUCCUGCUCUAUUUUGGUGAAAAUAUUCAUUUACACCAUUCUUCUCUCCAAAAAUAUUUAAAGCACCGUAGCUGCAGUUCCACCGUCUGAAACCGCACGCUUGAGUCAAAGAGUUCAACUUCCAUAUGGAUUCUGACGACCACAUUUCAGUUGAUGAAAUAUCACAGUUACAAUCACUUUCCAAAGAGGAUCUUGUUGGCAGGAUUGUAGAGCUAACCAGAGAGAAAAAAGAACUAUGGAAGAAGCUACAUACCAACUCAGUCGCUGAACAACAACCAGAUCGAACAAACGAUUGUAAUCUGGAUUGCAAACCUCCUGUGGAGAACAAUUCAUCGAAAGACCUUGACGAUGGAAAUAUGAACAAGAAAGCUAGUGAAGGCAGUGGAAGAACUAAAAAGCAGAAAUCAUUUGAUUUUACUCGCUACCACAGACGACACAUAGCUAUAAAGAUGGCGUAUCUUGGAUGGGACUUUCACGGCUUUGCCAGUCAAGAGAGCAUCGAGAAUACCAUUGAAAGUCACUUUUUUGCGGCGUUGUCGAAAGCGUGCCUGAUAGAAAACAGAGCUGAUUGUAACUAUUCCAGAUGUGGUAGGACAGAUAAAGGAGUUAGUGCAUUUUCACAGGUUGUAUCCCUCGAUGUACGGUCAAAUCUCACUGAAGGUCUUGGUCUCAUUACAAGUGGAGACCAGGAAAGAGUGCAAAAGCGAGUUGAGAAAGCCAAACUGCUAGAAAUCCCUUAUGCUCAUGUUCUAAACAAGCUCCUUCCACCAGAAAUAAGGAUUAUUGCCUGGGCACCAGUGGAUCAAGAGUUUGACGCAAGAUUCAGCUGUCUGAACCGGACAUAUAAGUAUUUCUUUCCUGUGGCAAAUGUUGAUGUAGAUCUUAUGAAUCACGCAGCACAAAAAUUUGUUGGAAAACACGAUUUCAGAAAUUUCUGUAAAAUGGAUGUUGCAAAUGGUGUUGUAGCUUUUGAGAGGGAGCUUAUCUCAUGCACAGUCCAAACAAAUAACUUGCAGAGUUGCAAUGGGUAUGAAAUGUGUGAACUGAUAAUUUGUGGAUCAGCAUUUCUGUGGCAUCAAGUGCGCUGCAUGGUCGCUGUGCUGCUUAUGAUUGGCCAGAAUCUAGAAAAAUCUGAGGUCAUUGACUGGAUGCUUGAUAUCAAACAGUGCCCAAGACGGCCACAGUAUAAUAUGGCAUCAGAAGUACCCCUUGUGCUGUAUGAUUCUUGUUAUGAAAAGUUGUCAUGGAAACAUGAACCUGGCAUUUUGGAAGCUUUGUUGAAAGAUUUCCAAAGACAAUGGACAACUCAUGCUAUUAAAGCGGAGAUGCUAACAAGCUUGAUUGGCAAAUUAGAUGAUGCAGCUGUGAAAACACAUAUAGGUGACAAGGGUGACAAAGUUGUCACGUGGCGUGACAUAAGGCAGCCUCAAUUUCAUCAGUUAAGUUCACUGGUCCCUUUUCAAGUCACAACAAGAGUACACAAACCACUUAUGAAGAGAGCCAUGCAUGAGAGCUUUGAAUCCAAACUGGAAAUUGUUAAUGCUAAGCGAAGAAAGGUUGGCAAAGAAGAAUUUUCGGAGAAACCAAGGGACACAGACUCAGUAGUGUGAACUGCUUCCUCCAUAUGUUGAUCUAAAAGAUCAACAAUCAAGAUUUAUUUUCAGAAAAUUGGAGGAAGGGAUCUUUGUGCAGCCUCUACUUAACAGCGCUUCUCAGGGCCUGGCUGGGUAUUCAUUAGCUUGUAAGUCUUUCGUUAGGUCAAUCUCCUCGGCCGCUCUUAGAUCAGGAUGCGUGGGGAAGAGCAACACAUGAAGGCCGCCACUCCCAUGAAGGUUGCCAGACAAAAACUUUGUGAGAAAUUCAACAUAGAUCAUCACAAAUUAUUUAUGAAUAGCAAUGACAAAGAUGAUACCUGAGACAAUGCCUAGUAGAAACUAAAUUCCUAUUUACGUUUGGAUUUCCCUCUGAAAAUCGUGACCCAUCCGCCCCUGUGAAAAUCACCUCAGGCCUGCUCCCAUACAAAGGCAUGUAAGAUUUGAUGUGAAAAGGCAAAAUAUUUAGAAGUACGACUGGCUCCAAAGAAUAAAUUGCACACACUCAAGCUAAGACAGAAACUAGGCAUAGACAUAGUUUAUUUUACUUGGACAAAACACUUAGCUAUGGUAAUGGUGCGCCCCAUAGACUUGAUGAGCAGAGUCUACAGGACGCACCAGCUACCGGUAGUUUACAGGUGCGCCAAGAAAGCAAAAUAAGGAAGUAAAUAUGUAUGUACAAUUGGGGUACAUAAGGAAUCCCCAUAAGGGGUAUCUAAUUACGACUACGGUGAUAAACACAACACACUUCAACUUGCCACUCACCUUACUAGUGGUUUGAUGUAAGUUUAAGUUAAGUUAUACCUAACCCUAACCCUGUGUUGGUGAUGAGAAUUUACUUAUCAAUAUUGUUACCCACCGUUUGAUAACACGUUAUUUUAAGCUUGAGAAUAAAAUAAGUUUACACCAUGUGAUACAUGGAUAAA